AUGCCGCCCAAAUCGAAGGCGACGAGGGCAAAGUAUCCGAAUGAGCUGCGGCCGAUGAGGAGUGUGCCGUCCAGAUCGGAUAUUACGAUACGGCUACGUCUAGUUGAGUUGAGACGCUUGAUUUGGUUAGGCACAGUGUGUGGGGUAUGGAAGGACCAAUACCCCACUUACCUUGGGUCUAUGACCAAAGCUCAGUUGUCCCCUCUUUUGACCCUCCAAAAACCGUGCCUCACCACCCAAGAAAGCAUGUUGGUCUCCUCCCCACAACCAAGGUGCAUAUGUAGUAGUUUUGUUCCCAUUAUGUCCCCUUGA